AUGGCAGCGUCUCUCCCGACUGCAGCGGAAGCGGGGAAUGCUGGAGAAAAGCAAGAAGUCGGGAAAAAGAAAACAUUUUCUGACCUGCUGCUAGGGAGCGGAAAGACAGCAACCUUCGAUGGGUGGCUCGGUGAGCUUGAAAAUGUGGAAGCCGAAAGUCGUGCGCUUCGGUAUCAAAAACUCGUUGUGGGCGCUCAGGUAAAUAACUAAAUGUUGGAAUAUCUUCAGGAUCGCAGUUAUUCAAUUCUCGCUGUUAUGGUUAACAAUUUAAAGUACAACGAACCAUCCUGCUUUCCACCUGACUUUCUUUAGUCCCACCUUAGGACUGGAAUUGUGUUGCUUGAGUUUGGUGGCAGUCGUGCGUGCUGAUGCUUGUAUUGAUAGUUCGAUCGUCCUCGUCGAAAUGAAUGGAAAUAGGUGAACGCUUGGCAGUUUGGGAUGCUUCACCAGAACAAGAAGAGAGUUGAAGAGGCAGCGAGGGAAGGUAAAUCUGUCCCUGUUGUCGUUGAAUCACACAAGCGUUUCCCGCUAGACGUCGUGAACAGGAUUCGCGCGUUUAUCGGCAAUGUCGAGCGCAGACCGACCGCAAUAAUGCAAAGUGAUGAACUGAUGCGCAUUUCCGAUCGGCAACGCGGGCGCGAUUACAAGCUCGCCGCGGAGUACUUCGUGAACUUGGCGCGGAAGGAGGCGGAGCGCGGAGGGGACAAGCUGCUCAUAACAGAAGCGCAUGUUGCGUCCAUGCCGAAGCUGUCAGAGGGCAUUGCCCCCUGCCUCGGUAAUGUUUUCGCAAUUUUGUACGACAGGGACUACACAUUCACAAGCGAAACCGGAGACGGACGUGAAUUCCAUCCCAGCCGGUCGGUGAAUUUCCCAUACGACAGUUAUCCCAUCGUGAUGCAGUUUAACGAAACGCAGUCCGCGCAGCUGCAAACAGGCUUCAUGCGGGAGAUAGUGAAAGAGCUGGAAGCGGGGCGCGGGCACUACCAGGCCCCAUCACUACCAGUAGGAGGCGGAGGCGGCUCGUCAUCUACUGUGGGUUCGAACAAUCUAUCCACAAAUAGAUUUUUUGGAGCAUUUGAAGCAGCCCUGCGUGUGACACGCGACGAGGUCGCAAACUACAUCACGGAUCUCGCUCUUCAAGCCUUUGCCAAUGCAGACGCUAACUUUGUCCUAACGGAGGAGAUAUACGACGCCGCGCCUCGCCUGCCCAACGGGGUGCGCUAUCCGAUGUUCGACCGGGAUCUGGAAGCCGUUCACGCACGUUUCGAAGACAGGUUCGAGUUUCGGAUGUUAAACCAUCUGCGGACGUUUUCGGGCCUGCAAGUAGUUCCCCAAUUUGAUAAUGAUUUCGUGUUGCACUUUCCCGUGACAAUUUCGGCAGUCCCCUGAGAAGUGCGGACGCAUCUACGUCGCACCUAUUGUUGCUUUAUUUGAACUUCUGUGGUGGUCCUGGUCCUGCUCGCAGUCGCACCGAAACAAGAGGAGUUUUGUACUUCUUACUCUUGGAAUUCAGGUCGUCAAGAAAUACAUACUUUGUUGGCGAUUGUUUGGGCUGAAGGAGAAUAUCGUGCAACCUCAAUGACCGGAACACGAGCAUGCGCGCGAGCGCGUUCGCACAACGAACGAAUCGGGAAG